AUGGAACCGAACCAGUACUUCAUUUCCGUGGACUUUGGGGCUUAUAAAACAGGCAAGUUCCUUGUUCCCUCCUAUUCCUUAUCAAAUCCCUUUUUUUUCCUUACGAUCCUGACUACCCUGGGCGUCCUGACGACAUGGGCUACUCAUGGCGCUAAUGACGGUAUAAUCCUUUCGAUCUUCAAAUACAACAGCAAUGGUCAGAUCAUGUGGGGAAGGAGUGCCGCGGCAUCCCGCGGCAGAGAGCCGUAUGUUUGGGUAAAACUCAUGCUGGAUGGGUCCCCAGACGUGGCCACACAACGCCAUAAUCUGAGAGACCUCCUCGGCGGCACAGUGGAACUAAACGACAUUGGCACCGGAAAAAUCAUCAGUGACUUUCUUCGAGACUUGCGGGACAGGCUGUGGAUGGACCUUAGAGAGCGUGGACCACAAAUCCACUGGUGUUUCACCGAACCAGAUUGCUGGUCAGACCGCGGCCGUCUGGAAUUUCGGUCGGCAGUUGAGAGCGUUGGAUGGUUUGGGAACAACCAUCGCAUUACCUAUGCCUCUGAAGCUGUAGCUGCGGCUGUAUGGGCUGCUGAUGAGUACAGGAACGGAAAUGACAUGCAGGAUGGUGACAUACUUCUUGUGUGCGACUGCGGCGGCUCCACAAUCGACACUGCCGUUUUACAAGUAAAUGGCAACAAUGGAGAUCGUCCUUUCACCUUCCAACUUCUGGGAGAUCCUACCAGCAUUCGAUGUGGUGGAUUUGAUGUGGACUUGGAACUGGUGAAGCAACUUCGGACUGCCCACCCGGACCUACCUCACGACUCCAGACAGUGGGUAAGCGCUGCUCAGGCUCGGCAGUGUAUCAGCUCUGUGAAAGAACUAUUCUCAGGCAGGACCGGGACUGAGGUGCACGCAAUUCGGAUUGAGCUGCAGGGAAACCGCAAAGUAGAGUAUCGUUUCGACCACAAUGCCCUGGUCCUUGCCUUCAGGCCGGUUGUGCAAGCCAUACUUCGGCAGAUACAUGCACGAAUCACCGACCAUCUUGCUUGUAAUUGA